GGCCGGCCGGGAAUUCCAUGCGGGCAGUGUUUGUUCCCCGUGAGUAAUCCCGGGAUUCGGAGGCAGCGCUGGAAAACGCCGCAUCCAGCGGCGCCUCCGAGCAGCGCCCCGUUCCCGGUGUCCCGGGGCUUUUCCUGGAGCUGCCUCACCCCGGAGCUGGCAGAGGCUGUCCUGAUCCCGGGAUCCUCGUGGGAGCAGCACCAUUCCCGCGGGAUGUGGCUGGGAGGGAUUUGAGGCGCCGCCCCCUUGGAAGCUGAGCUGGAAAAUCCCAGGAAUUCCAUCCAGAGCCGGCCAUGCCCAGCCCCACGGCCCGGCUGCUCCGCGCCCACCAGGUGCCCGAGAGUUACCGGGAGCCGGGAAUCCUCUCCGGGUACCGCCCUCCCCAGAGCUCGGCCUGUGAGUGCCUGCUCAGCCUCUUCGGGAUGAACAACGAGACCCUCAACAUCUGGACACACCUGGUGCCCGCCGGGUAUUUCCUGUGGCUGCUGCUGUCCCGGCUGGGCAGCCCGGGCUCGGAGGCCGGGGCGGGGCCGUUCCUGGCCUACCUGGGCACGUGCGCCCUGUACCCGCUGGCCUCGAGCGCCGCGCACGCCCUGGGCGCGCUGGGCGGGCACGGGCGGCACCGCGCCUACUGCUGCGACUACGCCGCGCUCAGCCUCUACGGACUGGGCUCGGCGCUGGCGUACUCCGCCUACGUCUUCCCCCUGGAAUGGGUCGGGAGCACAUUCCAUGAUUUCUACGUUCCCGUGGCCGUGCUCAACUCCGUGCUCAGCACUGGCCUGUCCUGCUAUUCCAGGUUUCUGGAGGCGGAGCGGCCCCGCCUGAGCAAAGCCUUCCGAACUUUGGCCUUCGUGUAUCCCUACAUUUUCGACAGCAUCCCGGUUUUCUACAGGCUGUCCUGGAGCUGCUCCGAGGCCUCGCUCCCGCUGCAUUCCCGGCACAGCCUCUGCGCCCUCCUCACCUUCCUGAGCUUCACCUCCCACCUGCCCGAGCGCCUGGCACCGGGGAGCUUUGACUUCAUCGGGCACAGCCACCAGGUUUUCCACGUCUGCGGGGCCCUGGGAACGCUCUUCCAGCUGGAAGCCGUCUCCGUGGACAUGGCGGAGCGGCAGGGCCGCCUCCCGCUGCCCUCUGCCCUGGGAACCUUCGGCUCCCUGGGAACGGGGGCGGCCGCCAGCCUGGCCAUCCUCGGGCUCUGCUUCCGCAGCCUCCGCCCGGAGCCUCCUCCCCGGGAAAAAUCCCACUAAAGCAGGGACUGCCUCGGGUUUCUGGGAGCAGUCCCAUCCCAGAGGUGUCCACUGGGGAAUUGGAUAGCCUGGGAAUGUUUCCUUGGGAGUUUCCCAAGGGAAAACUGCACUGGUUUUCUCCACGGAUGGGCUGGGAAAUGCUUCCCAUCCCGUUGUUAUCCACAGGGAAAGCGUCAAAUAAUCGGGAUUUGAUCCCUGCAAAGGGAGGGAAGCGUUCCUGCUUCCCAAAGAAUCCGGGAUCCCUCGGGUCUGAAAUCCAGGGAAUGCUGGCAUCACCAGCUGGGAGAUUCCUGGUGAAGCCAAGGGUGAAGCCAAGCACUUCUUUACUCCCAUUUUCCCCUUGGGAGUGGAAAUCCUUUGGAAUUCCAAGCCUUGCACUCAGCCCAAGUGCCUGGAAAGGUGGGAUGGAGGGACUGGAGUUUCCCUCCCAGUUUAAUUCCCACUGUUUUUACUCUUUAUCUGGGAGAAGGGAUUCCAGGAGAGCCCCAGUGGGAUGUUCCUGCAGGAAAGCUCUGCCAGGGUCUCAUUCCAGGAAAUCCUGGGAAGUUCGUUGCUGUGGGAAUUCCGAGUUUCCUCGGGGGGAGGAUGGAAUUAAGGAAUUAGGAAUAAAAGAAUUCGAUCCUGGAUCCUGGGAUUUGUGGUGGGAGAUGGGAGAGCUCCACACCCCAACCUCCCGGGAGUUGGGAUCCUUUAGGAAAAGGUUUGAAUGUUUUGGGACUGGGAUCCACAUGGAGAUGCCAGGAGAAAAGCAGGAUUUGGGACAGCUCAAAGGUUAAAAGCAGCCUGGAAUUUUAAAGAAUUCCCAGGAUUUUCCCUCUGCUGUUCCUUGCUUUCCUUCCCUGGAGCUCGAGACUUUCCCAGGAUCCAGGUUUUCCUCUUGGAUUUUCCUGCGGGAACACAGCACACACUUUAUUCUUUGGGAAUAUUUUCCUGGAUAAUCCCACAGGUCUUCCAUUAAUUUCCUUUAAUUGCCUUUGCCAAGGUCUGACUGCUGCACUUUGGGAGCUGCUGGAAUUUGGGAUAUCACAGUAAAAUCUGGGAUGGACAGGUUAAAUAUGGGAUAAAU